AUGGUCUCUGCUUCCAAAGCCGCCCGCCAGGCCAAGCGUGCCGCCGACGGUGCUGACAAGAAGCCUUCCAAGUUGGCAUCAAAAAAGGUCGGCAAGGGCAAGGGCGACGAAACCCCCGAGCUCUUGGACGGCGAUGGUGAUGCCGUCCCAGCCAGCGAACAGCCCGCCACUACCGCCGACAAGAUGAAGGAAGUCGACAAGCUGACCUCCCAGAUGGACAAGCACGGUCUCUCCGACCGAGUCACAACCGGUGUCCUGUCGUCGAUGGCAUCGUCCCGCGAUGCCAAAGUCACAUCGGCCUCCCUGGUGUUUCACGGAAAGGUUCUCUUCAACGACAGUACCCUUGAAGUCAACUAUGGCCGCCGUUACGGUCUGUUGGGUGAAAACGGUUGCGGCAAGUCCACACUGUUGAAGGCUAUCGCCCAGCGCGAAUUCCCUAUUCCGGAGCACAUCGAUAUCUACCUUUUGAACGAGGGUGCACCCCCCAGUGAUCUUGGUGCUUUGGAGUGGGUCGUCACCGAAGCCGAGAAUGAAUUGGCCCGCUUGGAGAAGCUGGCCGAAGAUAUUCUCGAGUCCGACGGUCCUGAAGCCCCGAUUCUCGAGGAUCUUUAUGAACGUAUGGAAACCAUGGACCCGUCAACCUUCCAUACCCGUGCAUCUUUGAUUUUGACUGGUUUGGGAUUCAACAAGACCACCAUCCUGAAGAAGACCAAGGACAUGUCCGGUGGUUGGCGAAUGCGUGUCGCCCUGGGCAAGGCCCUCUUCGUCAAGCCUUCCCUGCUGCUGCUCGACGACCCAACCGCUCACUUGGAUCUUGAAGCCUGUGUGUGGCUUGAAGAAUACCUUAAGAAGUGGGACCGCACCCUCAUGUUGGUGUCUCACUCGAUGGACUUCCUGAACGGUGUCUGCACAACCAUGAUUGAUAUGCGCAUGCAGAAGCUUAUUUACUACGGUGGUAACUACGACUCAUACCACAAGACAAGGGACGAACAGGAAACAAACCAGACGAAGGCCUACAAUAAGCAACAGGAAGAAAUUUCCCACAUCAAAAAGUUCAUUGCCUCCGCCGGUACCUAUGCCAACUUGGUUCGUCAAGCCAAGUCUCGCCAGAAGAUUCUCGACAAGAUGGAGGCCGACGGUUUCAUCCAGCCUGUCAUUCCCGACAAAGUCUUUACUUUCCGUUUUGCCGAUGUUGAGAAGCUUCCCCCCCCUGUCCUGUCCUUUGACGACGUCACCUUUUCGUACUCUGGCAAUGCCAACGACACCUUGUACGAGAACCUCGACCUUGGUGUCGACAUGGACUCGCGAACUGCAUUGGUCGGUCCUAAUGGUGUCGGCAAAUCGACCCUGCUUCGUUUGAUGACCGGCAAGCUCAGCCCCAACAGCGGCCGAGUUACCCGCCACACUCACUUGAAGCUCGGUCUCUACAGCCAGCACUCUGCCGAGCAGCUGGACCUGACCAAAUCCGCCCUGGAUUUCGUGCGCGACAAGUUCAGCACAAAGAGUCAAGACUAUCAAUUCUGGCGUCAACAGCUUGGCCGUUACGGUCUAUCUGGUGAGUCGCAGACUGCGCUCAUGGGCACUCUGUCUGAGGGACAAAAGAGCCGUAUCGUUUUCGCUUUGCUUGCUAUUGAAUCGCCAAACAUGCUUCUUCUCGACGAGCCGACCAACGGUCUCGACAUUCCUACCAUUGACAGUUUGGCAGAUGCCAUUAAAGCUUUCAACGGUGGUGUCGUCGUGGUAUCUCACGAUUUCCGACUUUUGGACAAGAUUGCCAAAGAUAUUAUGGUGUGUGAACACAAGACCAUCCGCCGAUGGGAUGGCAGCAUUGGAGAGUACAAGGACCAUCUCCGCAAGAAAAUGCUUCAAUCAGGUGCCGUCUAG